AUGUCAACUCUAGGGUACAGGAUCUACAAAGUGCAAUAUAACUUAGCGCUACAAGACCCUGCAUUCAGAGAAACGAGGUACCACAAUGUCAUAUUUGUGGAGACCGACCCUGACGGUGGAGGCCAAAUCCACCAUGUUACCGGAGAUAUCGCAACUGGAAUGACGUACCAGACUAAGUCUGGACGGCCUCCUGAGCAGUCCGACACCUUCCACAGCAAGGUAUUUCUAGGCUGGGUCCGCAAAAGUGACUACCCGAGUGCUGUUGACCAACUACUCCGAUCACUUCCACCACCUCCGCGUCAACGGCGAUUUAACCCUAGGAAAAUGGCCUGGGAACAGUGCAAACCGGACGGCACACCUUACGGACCACAGGAGAUUCCCCCUCCUUAUGAAAAGUGCACAGAGUGGACAGAGAAAAAGGCCAUACCAGCCUUACACCGGAAUGGUCUUAUUCAUGCCUCCCUAUGA